AUGACAACAAUUGAAUGUCCUUAUUCAGAAGAGAUACUAACGACAAUAAAAAUAUCAGUGUUGAACUACAUCAACAAUCUUUCUCGAUCAUCAGUUAUCUUUGUCGAAUCUAACACAGUUCGAGAUAUUGUAGAUGCAGCAUUCAAAAUAAGAACACAAGUCACUCAAUGGUACGAGAUUUUUAUCCUUUUUAAUGUUCUUAUGCAUUAUCGAUCGAAGCCAAACGAUUCCAAUCGAAUCAAAGCUGCUCGUGACAUUGUCGAAUAUGGUCUUCAACUACUACGUGAUCUUAUUGUUAUGAGAAAAAUUCUUGAACCUACUUUUGCUCGUAUUGGUGUUCAAAUUUUGAUCAAAGAGAUGACGCAACUCGAGAAAUGUUUACUCUCGUUAGCUCUAGGAGAUUAUCCAAUGGUUCAAUAUAUUCUAUGUCAAUUAGAUGUCAGUACCAUUCGAACCAAAUACGCUUUCAAACCUCCUUCACGUAGGCUUGUUCGUGAAAAACGAUCUAGCUAUAAACCGGAAUAUUCUGUUCUUCCAUCAAUAAGUAUUGUACGUGAGUCUACUGGAGCAAUGGGUCUACUUGUAUCCGUGUUCAACAAUAAUGAUUAUGCACUGAAAAAGAUGAUGAGAACAAACGACAAUCAACCGUCUAAAGACAGUCUCAAAUUGGUCAAAAUGAAACUGGAAAAGAUGAUCCAACGAAAUGCUGAUCGAAACCUACAAACUAGUGUACAGAGUGUAGCGAGUGAAAUAUUGGAUCAAUUCACAUAUCCGACGAAACCAAUAUUAAUCAGUGAUGAGGCUGGUCAAAUUUACAUGUGUUCAAACAGUACGAGUUCGAUUCAUGCGAUCAAUGCUGAUCUAGAAAAGCUGACCAACCAUCUAAACAAAAAAACAAUAUUUAUUUAA